AAGAAUAAACCUACAAGUCCUUGAUAACAUUGGAACUACAAACAUCUGCCCACAUAGAGCUGUUAUGUAUUGCUAAAUAUAAGUGCCUAGCUCAAAGGCUAAAUAAACAGUAAAAUAAAAUACAAUAAAAAGCGUAAUUGUGCCAGUCUAUAAUUAGAGGUUCUUGCUGUUAAACAGACAACUUAUCUCUCGGGACGUAAUCAUUUGUGUACGUUGCUAUUAGAACAGCGACAGUGUAGAGAUGACGAGACCAUCUACCAUGACGAUCAGACUGACUGUGUUUUUGAUCGUGAUGAUUGUAGUUACUGCACAGGAAGCACCUUCCACCAGAAAUCUCUUGAACUUCCUGUCCAUGGUGAGCGGCGUGUUUCAUAACAAGAAACAAGUAAACAGAGAACUGGUUGCUGAGAAUAGUGAGAGUGAGACAGAACAUGACUUCCUUAAAGUUAUUUGGCAAGUCGUAAACAUCCCACAAUUAGCUCCGGCUAUCACAAUGUAUCAUGAGGAACGGGAUGGCGGUGAUGUGUUCAGAAAACAAAUCUGGGUGAUUUCCGAAGCCAAUCAAGUCAUACAUAUCCAACCUCUUAAUGUCACCUCGGUCGGAAGCGACGAUUGGUCAAAUGUUGUUUUGGAACCUGCUAAGGACCAAUGUGAGAUAGUGUUUCAACCGGUUGAACCGGAUGUCUACAUGGGAACCAUUCCUGACUGUACUAGAGACUCGGAAGUCACGCAGUUACCAUACUAUGGGUUCACUGUGACCUGCCAUUCUGUCAAUACCUUGAUCUACUUUCAGUCAUCAAGGGAAGCUAUCAGCAAGCUGCCUUAUGUUUUCAAAAACACUCAACGAUUUCUACUUCCAGACUCCCUGACACAGACGUCUAGAGAUUUCGUUCCUCCUUGUGGAUAUAAUUAAACAAUGUCAUUAGAGCACCUACAAUCAGUUUUAUUGUAUUUUGUUUCAAAAGAAUGUAACUUAAAAGCUUUUAUUUCUGAACUCUGCUUCAAUUUUUAAAAAAUAUUGAUUGAGAAAUAUAUUUUAUUUUAUUAAGUUCGUUUACCGGAUUGGUUCAGGGUUCUUACGUUCCAUGUACCAAUUAGGAUUGGUUUCUUUGAAGGGCUUGCUUGCCAUGUAUCGACAUUGGACGUCCUGUUGGGUUUGGUCAAACACCGUCAUCGGAUAUUGGCCAACCUAGCCGCAAGUAAAUUUAUCAUUAUGUUUAAAGUUUGCCGUUUCUGUUGCAAUUGAGGUUUUACAGGGUGGAGUCGCUAGCCCCCACGCCAAACCCUCUCCUUUUUCAUCCAGGCUUGGGACCUGCAGAUGAUGGAGUUCGAAUGACGGAAUUGGACUAUGCUGACGACGUUGCACUAAUAGUGUCUACAAAUAAAUACAUGCAUAAAAUGACGGAGAGGCUAGAUAGAGAGGCAA